GGUAGCGCCAGCUGUGAGAUUGGCGAGGAAACCCAAUAAGGGCGCAGCUUUCUGGGUAAGAGAUGGAUUUGGUGGGGGAGCUACAAUGUGGAGCAGACAAAUGGCUGAUUACCAUGGAGAAGGGAUGCAGGCGGUUACAGGAGAUUGUUGGGGAGUUGUCUUUACGGUCACAGGAGGAGCCAGAGGUCGAAGAGGGAGCGACCUCUCUGGCUGAUUGGUUGAAUGACACGACCGAGGACAUGUUGGAUAUCAUCUGGGAGCUGGAGGUGGGGCCGGAUCCCCAGCUCGAAACCUGCAUCGAUUGGAGGAGGGCAGAUGGCAUGAUGAAUGCCUGCAAAGCCCUCUUCACUGAGGGUUACAACCUGCGUAAUCUGUUGGAGGAGCGGCUGGAGGGCGAGAAUGACAUGGAGGAGGCGCAGGCGGCGGCGAAGGUAACAGCGCCAACAUCAAUAACAAGAACAACAUCGACAUCAGCGAUAUUGGCGGCUGUGAAGACAAUGAGGGGUACAGCACCAACAGCAAUAACAACAACAGCAUCAUCAUUAGCAGUGUCAGCAGCGGCGGAGACAACCGCGUGCCACGUCAGCAGCGCCACGUCACAGUGCCACAUCAGCAGUGCCACGUCAGCAGUGCUACGUCACAGUGCCAGGUCACAGUGCCACGUCAGCAGUGCCACGUCAGCAGUGCCACGUCAGCAGUACCAGGUCACAGUGCCAUGUAAGCAGUGCCACAUCAGCAGUGCCAUGUCAGACACAGUGCCACGUAAGCAGUGCCACAUCAGCAGUGCCACGUCAGACAAAGUGCCACAUCAGCAGUGCCACAUCAGCAGUGCCACGUCGGACACAGUGCCACGUCAGACAAAGUGCCACUCCAUUGCCGCCUACAAGCAGCGUUGCCUGGCUCAGAUCGAGGCUGAGGAACAACGCCAGCUGGCAGCCGAGGCUCUCCGCGUACAGGCUGAAGAGGCAGCAGCAGCAGAGAAGCUGCGACUACAGGCCGAUGCAGACGCAGACUCCCAGGCUCGCCGCAAGGAAGCCCAGGAUCUGCUACAACAGCAUGAAGCCACAAGCACCGACAGACUCAAGUUCUGGCACUUUGAACCAAACGGCGACGAGGCAACACCGGAAGAGAAGCACAAGGAGUUCCUCUCCAAACUCGUGACGCGGUUGUUGUAUGCUUGCAACUACCAGCGGUCAGAGUUGGAGAGACAGUACCACGACCUGACGCAACAACAUCGGGAGUUGGCACAGCUCCGCCGCAUGGUGCAGAGCCACGAGGAUGCAACCCGGGCACUCAAUGCCCGAUUGCUGGACCUGGAACAGGCUGUACCAGGACCAACUGCUGGGGCUUCCAGCAGUGCACCCUUGAGCCGCCAACUGGAGGACCGCGUUGACCACGUAGUGGCAAUGCUCGGCGACAUCAGCACCUUCGCUGCGCCGACCACCACCAUCAGCAGUCAGCUGCAUACAUUGAAGACCGAGGUCCAGCACCUGCAGACGACGAACAGGGAUGGCAAUCCGAAGAUGUAUAAGAUGCCAACCUUCAAUCUGGAGAGGUUCGACGACUACACGCAGCAGGAUCCGGUUCUCUGGUGGGAAGCAUUCACAACGCAACUCAGGAUUCGGCCCGUAGCCAAGCAUGCGUACAUCGGCGCCCUGUUCCUGAACUCAAAGGGCGGAUGCCAGACCUGGUUGAGCCACCUGGCAACCUCCCACGGCGUCGACGUACCAGACUUGAAGGACGUAAUCACAUGGGAGGAACUGACACGGUUGUGGAAGAAGUGGUUCAUCGUCGACGACGUGCCGGCACUCGCCAUCAACCGUUUGUUCACCAUGUCACAGGGCAACACAGCAACACGGGACUGGCUCACGGAGUGGCAGAAGAUUGCGGUUGUGCCCAAUCUGAACUUACCAUUUGAGCAUCUACGCCGUGAGUUCUACAACAGGUCCUGUGCUGCAUUGAGCCAGGCUCUUGGUGAUCGCGAGCAGUACUCAACCUUCGCGGAGAUCAUUGACAAAGCGAGGGAGAUCAUCAAGACCAACAGGUCAGUUGCACACGAGAAAUCAACAUCAUGGCAGCCGACCUAUGUGGAGAAGGUACGAAUUGGUCCGCGACAGCAGCACUUCGCUGCAGUCCAGCUGGACAGUGGAGAUAACCCAGCAGCCACUCCAGCAUCAAUACCAGCUCCGUUGAUGGACGCCGGAGCAGAGGUUGUCGACCUUCAUGUUUUCAUCGCGAAGAUCGACCGCAAGUUCAAGAUGCAACGGUACGACGACAUCGACGCACCAUUGCUAUACAUACGCAUUCAGAUCGGAGAGGCGACCUGCAGUGCCUUGAUCGAUUGCGGAACAUCUCGCAACUACAUCAGCCAGGACUUCAUGGUACGCGCCGGCCUUGGCCCACGUGUCCGGAGGAAGUCCCAGCCUACGCAAGUCACCCUGGCAGACGGUCAUACGCACAAGUUCAUCGACCAGUGCAUUGACGCCGUCCCAUUGUACUUUGCCCCUCACGCAAGUGAGGCGGUGUCCUUUGACAUUCUGGACACCAAAUUCGACAUGAUCUUGGGCAUGUCAUGGCUGCGAAGCAAGGAUCACCCGGUGAACUUCUUCAACCGCACCGUUCACGUUCGUGACCGGAACGGAGUAUUAGUUCCAUGCACGGUGCCUCUUCCUCAUCCUUCAAUCAGCUGCCACAUGGUAUCCCCCGCAAGCAUGCGAGCUUCCAUCAUUAGAGACGACAUCGAGGAGAUGGGGGUGUGUUUUCUCCACGCCCUCCCGCCCCAUGACGCUUCAUCGACGGACUCACCUUCGGGUCCACCAAUCACCAAACUUCUCGAUGCCUACAGCGACAUGUUCGAAGGCCCGCACGGAGCAGUACCGGGCCGACCCAUCCGCCACGAGAUCAUCCUCGAGGACGGGGCCGUACCUCCGCGCGGUUGCAUCUACCGAAUGAGCGAGGAAGAGUUAAGUGUGCUUCGGGCACAACUCGACGACCUUUUAGAGAAAGGCUGGAUUCGGCCUAGCUCAUCGCCAUACGGUGCUCCUGUUCUCUUCGUCCGGAAGAAGAACAAGGACUUGCGGUUGUGCAUCGAUUAUCGCAAGCUCAACACGCAGACGAUCAGGAACGCCGACCCUCUCCCACGCAUCGACGACCUUCUCGAGCGAUUGGGCGGCGCCCAGUUCUUCUCUAAGCUGGAUCUCAAGUCAGGGUACCACCAACUCGAGAUUCGCAAUGAGGAUCGCUACAAGACCGCGUUCAAGACACGGUGUGGGCAUUUCGAAUGGCUGGUCAUGCCAUUUGGCCUUACGAAUGCCCCGACCACUUUCCACGCGGCUAUGACAACGGAGUUCCGACACAUGCUGGAUCGUUACGUACUUAUCUACCUCGACGACAUCCUGGUGUACAGCCGGAGUUUGGAGGAGCAUGUGGAGCACCUGCGCGCCGUUUUGGAGCGGCUACGACAGGCCAAGUACAAAGCCAACAGCGACAAGUGUGAAUUCGCGCGGCAGGAGCUGGAGUACUUGGGCCAUUAUGUGACGCCGCAAGGCAUCCGUCCGCUCGCGGACAAGAUCGAGGCCCUACGAGUAUGGCCCGAGCCCACCAACACCACGGACGUUCGUUCAUUCAUGGGAUUGGCGGGCUACUAUCAGCGAUUCAUCACCGGAUACUCCAGGAUUGCUGCACCUAUGACGAGGUUACAGUUGCCAAAGGUGCCAUUCGUAUUUGAUGACGGCGCACGCCGGUCAUUCCAAGCACUUAAGACGGCUAUGCUCAUGGCACCCGUCCUUAGCAUCUAUGACCCCACCUUGCCGACGAGAGUGACUACGGACGCUUCCGGCUACGACAUUGGGGCAGUCUUGGAACAGCACGACAGCGACGACUGGCACCCUGUGGAGUAUUUCAGCCACAAAGUGUCUCCCAUCAACUCGCUUGAUGAUGCAAGGAAGAAGGAGCUACUCGCGUUCGUCAUGGCUCUCAAGCGAUGGCGGCACUUCCUCCUUGGGCGUCGUAGGUUCACAUGGGUUACGGASAACAAUMCAUUGACCUACUACAAGACGCAGGAUACGGUGAGCAGCACGAUCGGACGAUGGAUGUACUUCAUCGACCAGUUUGACUUCACACCGAAACAUCUACCCGACCUCUCAAAUCGCGCAGCAGAUGCACUCUCGCAAAGACCAGAUCUUUGCGCUAUGACACAUCAUGCCUUCGCAUUCGACGAGGAUCUUCAGCGACACUUCAUCCGGGCAUAUGAGUCUGAUCCGGACUUCGGCACGCUCUAUGCGCAGCUAUCUUCGGAUCACCCGCCGGCCAGCCAUUACUGCAUUGUCGACGGGYACUUGCUCCUCCACUCGAGAGGCAAGGACUUACUAUAAGACAUUGUCAGCGACCGCGACACUCGUUUCAUGUCGGCGUUUUGGACUGCUCUUAUGGAGGAGUUCGGCACAACAAUGAAACCAAGUUCGGCUCGACAUCCUCAGACAGACGGGCAGACGGAGCGGGCACAUCAAACCGCUCAAAUAAUGCUUCGUACGCUCAUCCGUCCGGACCAGAAAGAUUGGGUUGACCGCCUCCCCGACAUCGAGUUCGCCUACAACACUUCGGUGCAUCCGGCGAUCGGCGCGACUCCAUUCGAGUUGCACCACGGUGGACAGAAAGGCCGGAUCUUCGCCGACCUUCUCCUCCCUCGACCAGCCGACAUUGACGCUGCCUGCUCUCCCUCUUCCGUCCGGAAGUACAGGGAAUUGCUGACUCAAGCCCUCGCAAAUAUGCAAAAGGCUCAAUUCCGCAUGCAGCAGCAAGCCAACAGGCGCCGCGUACCAUGUCCCAUCCGCGCCGGUGAUCUGGUUUGGGUCUCCGCGGAAGAGUUUGCACUGGAACAGGAUGUUUCACGCAAACUGCUUCCCAAGUGGUUUGGACCUUGGUCUGUGACAGCAGCCGCGGGCGAUGAGCCCGAUGGCCCUUCAUUUGUGAUCAACAUUCCAGAGCAUCUGACGGUCCAUCCGGUCUUCCACGCCUCGAAGCUGGCAACUUACACGCCAGCCAAGAGCGACGACUUUCCGGACCGACGAUCGCAGGACCCUCCUUCUAUGGAUGGCCAUCAGGAAGUUGACCGCGUCAUCUCCGAUCGCAAGUACGGCAACAAGCCGCGGCAGUAUAAAGUCACAUUCAAAGCAUGCGAUCGCGACGACACUCGUCCUCCUCCGUCAUAAGGGCAAGAGCGGGAAAUUUUGGCCGCAUCCUCUCGCCCGUAAUUCCCAUCCCCAAAAGGGGAAGGGAAAUGACAAUUAAUUAUUAACAGGACAAACAGCCUCCAGUUGAUCACUCUCCAAUCGGUACAUCUCACCUGAUCCCUUUGCACCACCACCUCCCAGGCAGAAGGGGAGGGAAUUUUAUGCCAAAUUUCUCAGGCAGACGGCAAAGCGCUGUAAUUUGACCCGCUGUUGUAACGAUUGGUGACAAGUCUUGUUCUUCAUCUCAAGAGCAAAAGUGGAAGCAUUCUGUCAUUUUAAUACACCGGUUAUUCCUAUCCCCGCGAGGAGAGAGUAAGUGUUCCCCAAUCCUUGACAAGGCAGCAAGAACUCUUAUCCAUAUAUCCCUCUUCCAUUCGAUCCCUCCCACAACACCCCUUGCUUCCCAGCUCCUGGGGAGGGAGGCGAACCUCUGCCAAAAUCUAGCCAGGCAGAACGCUAGAAACCAAGCAGUAUCCACCAAGUCAAGCAACCCUUCCACCUGUUCACCCACCCUCAAUCACCUCGCCUGACAUCGGCCACGACCCACAUCACAAAGACCUUUCUUUCAAUCCUGCUAUCUAAGAGAACCAGUUACAGUCGUACAACAAAGGCCAAAAGCCAAC